AUGCUCCGCCCCUCCCUCCUCCUCCUGAGCCUGCUCACCCCCUUUCUCUCCACUGCAACCCCCACCACUAAACCCACACCACCUCCAAGACGCUCUCCCACAUACGAGCUCGAAGUGCUCCUCGAGCUGCUCCUGCUCAUCUUAACAGCGCACUGGGCGCUGUUCUGGCGGGUACCCAUCAGACUCGCGUUCGCGGGGUGUGGGUGGGCGCUGGAGGACAUUGCGCCGGACGCGGCGGAUGCGGUGUUGAGCGUUGAGUUUUGA